AUGGCCGCAUCACAAUCUCUUAAUAAUGAACAACAACAUGUCUAUAAUGCAGUAAUGGAAAAAGUAUUUGCAAACCAAAAUGCUGCAUUCUUUGUGGAUGGCACAGGUGGGAUAGGGAAAACAUCCCUGUACAAAGCACUUCUCACAACAGUACGAUCAAGAAAAUUAAUAGCACUUGCAACUGCUUCAUCAGGUAUUGCUGCAUCUAUUGUUCUAGGAGGUCGAACAACAUACUCACGUUUUAAACUUCCACUUGAUACUGACGAAAGAAGCACGUGCUGUGUCAGCAAACAAAGUGCACUGGCAAACCUACUACAUGCAGCAAAAUUAAUAAUUUGGGAUGAGGCUCCAAUGAUGAGAAAACAACACAUAGAAGCAUUGGAUAAAAUGCUACGAGAUAUCAAUGAUUCAAAUGUAACAUUCGGUGGGAAGGUUGUUGUUUUCAGUGGAGAUUUUCGACAGGUUUUACCCGUGGUUCGUAAAGGAACAAAACAAGAACAAGUUAAUUCCAGUUUGGUUUAUUCGUAUUUAUGGCCUACAUUAACCAAGUUCUGA